AUGAAUCCGCCGGAGGAGAAUCAAGAUAACGUCCCUUCUGUAUCUCACUCUCAAUUUUCUAUUCUACCUCCACAAUCGAGCUCGAAUUUUAAUCCAGACCCAAUUUUGAAUCCAUUUCCUAGUUCGAUCUCCAGCUCUAUCUCUAACCCUAGUUUUGAGCAGAUGGUCUCCUUCUCCGCUCCAAAGAAACGAAGAAGAGGCCGCUCUCAGCGAUCAGCGUCGUCGUUUCACAUCCUUCCCGUUCCUAACGUCGGUGUCCUCCCCGGUAACGGUAAUUUCGUCUCAUCGUCAGCUUCUUCUUCCGGUAGACUGAACAUAGAGGUCAAUGGAUCAAACCAUACUGUAAAAGGUUAUCCUGGGAUAGGUGAUGAGAUCAUCACGAUCAACAAGGAAGCUACCACCGAAGCUUUGCUUGCUCUAACAGCUGGGUUUCCUGCUGAUUCACUUACCGAGGAAGAGAUUGAUUUCGGUGUGGUGCCUGUGGUUGGUGGAAUCGAACAAGUGAAUUACAUUUUGAUUCGGAACCACAUCAUAUCGAAGUGGAGAGAAAAUGUGACUAGUUGGGUCACAAAGGAGAUGUUUCUUGCUUCAAUUCCUAAACAUUGUAGUAGUCUCUUAGAUUCGGCUUAUAAUUACUUGGUUACACAUGGAUAUAUCAAUUUCGGUAUAGCUCAAGCGAUUAAAGAUAAGAUUCCAGCUCAAUCAAGCAAGCCUAGUGUGGUUAUAGUGGGUGCUGGAUUAGCUGGUUUGGCUGCAGCAAGGCAGUUGAUGAGGUUUGGGUUUAAAGUCACGGUUUUGGAAGGUAGGAAACGACCCGGUGGACGGGUUUAUACCAAAAAGAUGGAAGGUAAUAGGGCAGGUGCUGCAGCGGAUUUAGGAGGAAGCGUUUUGACUGGAACAUUAGGAAAUCCUCUAGGGAUUAUAGCGAGGCAGCUAGGUUCUUCUCUUUAUAAGGUACGAGAUAAGUGUCCUCUUUAUAGAGUGGAUGGUAAACCAGUUGAUCCAGAUUUGGAUAUGAAAGUCGAGGCAGCUUUUAACCGACUUCUAGACAAGGCAAGUAAACUUAGGCAGUUGAUGGGUGAUGUUUCCAUGGAUGUAUCCCUUGGGGCAGCACUCGAGACAUUCAGGCAGGUUUAUGGUGCUGCAGACGGUGUGGCCACUGAAGAGAUGGGUUUGUUUAAUUGGCAUCUUGCUAACUUGGAAUAUGCAAAUGCGGGAUUAGUAUCAAAGCUCUCUCUUGCAUUCUGGGAUCAAGAUGACCCAUACGAUAUGGGUGGAGACCACUGCUUUCUGCCGGGAGGAAAUGGAAGGCUGGUUCAUGCUUUGGCUGAAAAUGUACCAAUCUUAUAUGAGAAGACCGUUCAAACAAUCAGAUAUGGUACAGAUGGUGUAAAGGUAACUGCUGGAAAUCAAGUGUAUGAGGGUGAUAUGGUGCUGUGUACAGUUCCCCUUGGUGUCCUGAAGAACGGAUCCAUCAAAUUUGUGCCUGAAUUGCCUCAGAGAAAGCUUGAUUGUAUAAAGAGACUAGGCUUUGGGUUAUUGAAUAAAGUUGCAAUGCUCUUUCCGUAUGUAUUUUGGAGCACAGAUCUCGAUACCUUUGGACAUCUUACCGAGGAUCCAAACUAUCGAGGUGAAUUCUUUCUGUUCUAUAGCUAUGCACCAGUUGCAGGUGGUGCUCUCUUGAUCGCGUUGGUUGCGGGAGAAGCUGCUCAUAAGUUUGAGACAAUGCCACCCACUGACGCGGUGACUCGUGUACUUCAGAUUCUUAGGGGUAUGUAUGAACCACAAGGAAUAACUGUCCCUGAUCCAAUUCAAACGGUCUGCACCAGAUGGGGUGGGGAUCCAUUCAGUUUAGGGUCUUACUCUAAUGUUGCAGUGGGAGCUUCAGGUGAUGAUUACGACAUAUUAGCAGAAAGUGUUGGAGAUGGAAGGCUUUUCUUUGCNGGGGAAGCCACGACAAGGCGGUACCCUGCAACCAUGCAUGGAGCUUUCGUUACUGGUCUGCGAGAAGCUGCAAACAUGGCUCAAGCUGCAAAGGCCCGGGGCAUAAGGAAGAGAAUCGAUAGGAACCCAUCAAAGAAUNCUCAUUCUUGUGCUACCCUNCUUGCAGAUUUGUUCAGGGACCCUGAUCUGGAGUUUGGGAGUUUUUNCAUAAUCUUUAGNAGAAGNAAUCCGGACCCAAAGUCUCCUGCGAUUUUGAGGGUAACACUAAGCGAGCCUCGUAAGAGGAAUGAAGACCCAAAAGCAGAUCAGUACUCAAAUAAGAUACUGUUUCAGCAGCUUCAGUCUCAUUUCAACCAGCAGCAACAGAUUCAGGUGUAUACGUUAGUAACUAGACAACAGGCUCUUGACCUGAGAGAAGUCAGAGGUGGUGAUGAGAAGAGACUUUACUAUCUAUGCGAGACACUUGGAGUGAAACUGGUGGGAAGAAAAGGUCUAGGUCCUGGAGCUGAUUCGGUCAUUGCUUCUAUUAAAGCCGAGCGAACUGGUCGCAAGGCACCAUCAUCAUCUCAAGGCACAAAAUUUGAAGGUAUAUUAAAAUCGAAAUCUGGUGCAUUAAAGCGGAAGCUGAUCAGAAGGAUUAAAGGACCGGCGGUGCCACUGAAUCAAAGUAAUAACGGUGUCUCAGAGACGAUAAAAUCAGAGUCUUUAGGAAAUGGCAAAGCCUCUGAGCAAGCUACAGUAGUAGAGCUGAUAGGAAACAGCGGCAUGCAAGAGGAAAGCAAGUGGUUGGGCACAGGAGUUGCAUCGAGUUCCGGUAUUCAUUCUUCUUAA